AACAUAUCCCUUUACAUUCCCCGCAUCCGGCUCGAAUACCCGCAGCCUCCUGGCCCCCAAUCACCCUACAACACCUCCAAAGUCGCCCUCCUCAUCGAGAACCGACCCAGCGCCGUCCUCGCCCCGCUCAUGCUGCACUUCAUCUCCGUCGUGCCCCCGGACUGGCACUUCCGCUUCAUGGGCUCCCCCCAGUCCGUCGCCUCCAUCAACCGCUCCGUCGCCAUCCGGCACCACGUCGCCAUGGGCAAGCUCGAGCUCACGUACAUCCCCGAGAACAUGAGCACCAACGGCCAGGAGGAGAUUAGCCAGUUCCUGACCACGCUGUGGCUGUACGAGGCCGUGCUCCAGCCGGCCGAGUGGCUGCUGGUGUUCCAGACGGACUCGAUGCUGUGCGCCAACGGCAGGCUGAACCUCAAUGACUUUCUCGAGUACGACUGGGUGGGUGCGCCGUGGAAUCCGGCAGGUCGCUGGGGUGGCAACGGAGGACUGUCGCUGCGGCGCGUGAGCCGCAUCAUUGAUAUUCUGCGCAACCAGCGGCGCGUCAAUGGUUCUCAGCCGGAAGACGUCUGGCUUUCUGAACGGCUUGCUCAUCAUCCGGGAGGCAAGGUGGCCAACGGAUCCGUCUCGAUGACCUUCUCGGGAGAGAUGCAUGAUGGACGGGCGAAGCUGAAUUCGAGUAGUCCUGGCGUGGACCAGGCUAGCGACGAAGACUAUAUUCCGGGAGUUGAUGACUGGAGAAGGGGGUUCUAUGAGCCAAUGGGCUACCAUAUCGGUGGGAGCGGUUCCUUUCUGCAUAGUCCGCUCUGGGGCAUGCCGGAACUGAGGGAGCACAUGUGGAAAUACUGUCCCGAGAUCAAGAUGACAUUGGCCAUGGACGUGGCCAAGUACGUGCCCGGGGACUGCGGCGCGCGAUGGACAUAG